GGCAACGUCCAUAGUGCGCGAGCGAGACUCGAUUUGGUGUAUAGCUAUAAACAUACAGAAAAAAAAACAACUCAAUAAUAUAGUGCCCAGUAGUGAUAAGCAAACGUUCCACAACGUUCAACCGCAGUCCAAUCCACAAUUUCUCUUAUCACUGACCGAACUCUCUUAACUUAACCAUGCAGCCAGUACUGGAAUCAACAAUUUAUAAACUGAUAAGAAUGACAACGAUUCUCGAACUUAUCACCGGCUUCAUCUACACAGUCGGCAUUCUGACGAUAGCCGCCUUUCUAUACGAGAACCUUAGGUCCUUGGUGGGGAUCAUUAAAUCGUUGCUGGAACCGUAUUUCCAGCCCCAAUUACCAAAGACUUUGGUCGAAAAGUAUGGCAAAUGGGCAGUCAUUACGGGUGCCACAGAUGGUAUUGGCAAGGAAUAUGCCAGAGAGUUGGCCCGUCAGGGCCUUAAUCUGGUGCUUGUCUCUCGCACCAAGGAGAAGCUGAUUGCAGUCACCAAUGAGAUUGAGAGCCAAUACAAAAUAAAGACCAAAUGGAUAGUAGCGGACUUUGUCAAGGGUCGCGAGGUGUACGAGCACAUCGAGAAGGAGCUGGCCGGCAUCGAAGUGGGAAUAUUGGUUAACAACGUGGGAAUGAUGUACGAGUACCCUGAAAACUUUGAAGAGGUCAGCGAGGAUCUGCUGUGGAACCUGAUGACCGUCAAUAUCGGGUCUGUGCUGAUGCUCACUCGCAAGCUGCUGCCUAGAAUGAAGGCCGCCCGCCGCGGGGCCAUCGUCAACAUUGGCUCCUCCUCGGAGCUGACACCGCUGCCCUACCUAACGGCUUAUGGUGCCAGCAAGGCAUUCAUGACCUAUUUCACCAGAGCCCUAGAGCGGGAGGUGGCCCCCCACAAUCUCGACGUACAACUGGUGCUGCCCGGCUUUGUGGUCACUAAGAUGAACGCCUACUCCGAACGCGUGAUGGAGGGCGGCUGGAUCUUCCCCAAUGCCCAUAGCUACUCCCGAUCCGCCGUCUUUACCCUGGGCAAGACAAGCGAGACCAACGGGUUCUGGGUUCACAGCGUACAGUACUUCUUCAUGAAGUUGGCUCCGAUCCGCAUCCGAAUGGUCUUUGCCCAUCUGCUAUCCAGUCGCUUGAGGUUCGAUGGUCUUGAGCAGAAGGCAAGGAAAGAAAAAUUGGUCACUUAGCUGGGCUUUGGGCCGUCCUCACUUCAACUGUGUUACAAGUCAUAUAUGUAUAUAUGUAUCUUUGGUUCGUAGUCUAAAUGUUUAUAAAAUUAACAAAAAUAAUUUUGUACCAAUCUAAGAAUAAUAAA